AUCGCUUGGCAUCUGAGUCUCUUGAAUAUAGUGUACCUGCGUUUAACAGAUAAUCUUAUUUGGUCCUUUAUCUUCAAUUAUUUUGUUUCAUCUGAGAAGUACUUUUCGUCAUCCGGGAAGUUGUACACAGCGGCGGAGCAGAACUGAGAACGAACACCUGUACUCAAAUGUUUUCCUGCUCUGCAUCUGAGGAAGAAAGUGCAGAUGGUUAUGAUUUAGCUGUAUUGCCAGGAAAUGAAUUUCAGCAACUAAUCAGAAGAACUGCAGAAUCCAUGGAUAGAAUGAUGUCAUGGCGUCCCCAGUAUCGAAGUUCAAAAUUUCGGCAUGUAUUUGGUAAACCCGCUAAUAAGGAAGGCUGUUUGGAUGGAGUACCCAUCACCCAGAGUGUCCAGGACAACUAUUUCUGUGCUGUUAACCCAAAGUUCAUUGCCAUUGUGACAGAAUGUGCAGGUGGUGGAGCCUUUCUUGUCAUACCUGUGCAGCAGACAGGGAAGAUUGAUCCCCAGCAUCCAAGAAUCUGUGGCCACAAGAAAAAUGUGCUUGACAUCAAGUGGAAUCCUUUUGAUGACUAUAUAAUAGCUUCUGCCUCUGAAGAUGCGACUGUUAAAAUAUGGGAAAUUCCAAAUAAUGGAGUCACAAAAAGUAUUACCAAUGCAAAGAUGGAACUGGUGGGACAUUCCCGACGAGUCGGACUUAUUGAGUGGCAUCCCACGGCUAACAAUAUUAUCUUCAGUGCUGGCUAUGACUAUAAGAUUUUAAUUUGGAACUUAGACUCUCAGGAAUCUCUGUACAAGAGUCCUGUGAAGUCAAUUGACAUUCAUUAUGAUGUCAUCCUGUCCAUGUCUUUCAACAUGGAUGGCAGUCUGCUUGCAACAGCUUGCAAGGACAAAAAAAUCAGAGUCCUUGAUCCCCGGUCAGGAAAGGUGCUGCAGGAGACAGACUGUAAGACUCACAGAACAAACAAAGUCUUGUUUCUUGGGAAUACUAGAAGACUGCUAUCUACAGGUACCUCCAGGUGGAACAUCAGGCAGACUGCACUUUGGGAUCAGGAUGAUUUAUCUCAACCUUUGCACCAGGAAGACCUGGAUGGAGCCUCUGGCAUUAUUUUCCCAUUCUAUGACCAUGAUACCCACAUGUUGUAUGUUGCACCAAAGGGGGAAGGCAUUAUUCGAUAUUAUGAAGUAAGCACAGAAAAGCCAUUCUUACACUUCCUAGCUGAACAUCGUUCUUCUUUACCUCAGAAAGGAAUGGGUGUUAUGCCAAAGAGAGGACUAGAUGUAUCCAUUUGUGAGGUGUUUCGUUUUUACAGGCUAGUGACAAACAAAAACCUUGUAGAGCCGCUCUCCAUGAUUGUCCCACGAAGGUCUGAGGCAUACCAGGAUGAUAUCUACCCAAUGACGGCUUCAUCAGACUCUGCACUAACAGCAUAUGAAUGGCUGAGUGGCUUGAAUAAAGAUCCUUUGUUGACUUCGUUAAAACCCGGAUCUGAAAUAUCCCAGCCUCCCCCACAGUCAACAGACAAAGAUAUCUUGUGUAGUAUUAAUCCCCAAAAACACCCAGAUCAUGUUGAGCGGGUGACUGGGGGACAAAUCCCUGUGUAUGGGGAGUUAAAGGAACACAGAGAGCAGAGCAGAGGGGAUGAGAAAGCACUGGAACGGAGACAUAGCAUGUUUUCUUACCGAGACCACAGGAGAACAGAGCCCAGAGCUGUGGACCGGAGGUACAGUCUCCUAGCAAAUGGCUGUGAUUUGUCUCAGUGUGCACCACCCAAAACUGAAAAUGAGCUGCUACAGAUGUUCUACAAACAACAGGAAGAAAUCCGAAAGCUGCGUGAUAUGGUAGCCCAGAGAGAAAUUCGGAUAAAACAGCUGGAGCUAGAGGUUAAAAAUCUUCACAAUAGUCCCAGCUACUAAUAGACAGCAUAUACUCCAAAGCCAUUUAUAGUACAAGAGCUUAAAACAUACAUAUAAACUAUUUGUACAGUUCUUUUUUUAUUGAAAACAUAAUUCAUUAAGCUGUGCACCCUAGUAGUGGUGCACAGUUCCUUUUAUAUUUAUCGUGUCGGUGAUUUUCAUUGUGCUCACAGUGCUCUCUAGUCAUACAGAGCUUCUUCUUAUGGGUUACAUUUUAAAAAUCUGGUUUGUUAAAUGAUGGCUUUGAUUUUAUCAGAGCAACUCUAAAAAAAUGUGAAAAAAAUGUAUAAAAAUAUUUUGUUUGUUUACCACUGAACUGAAUUCACGAGAUGUUAGAGAGCAGGGCAGACUCAGCAUACCACAACAGAAAAAAAUUGUUGCUGGAUUUUUCUACAGAUUAAAAUCUGAUAAUUUCCCUGUUGUAGAUGUGUUGGAGAUUUACUUGCGAAACUGUCUGCAUAUGAAAAGGCAUAUCGUGCAAAUUUUUUAUAAAACAAAAACAGUGUUCCUCACUGCUGCUGUUCUAAUGUUAUUACUAGUAAUAAUGAGAAAAGAAGUUUUUUUAAAGCUGGAGAAUGCCUACUUUAUUUAUCGUAGAUAUGCCAGAUUUCUUUCAAAAUAAUACAUUUAUCAUUAUCUCAUAAGCAUGUUUCUAAUUUUCAAGACAAACAGCAGAUUCUUAAAAGUUAAGUGAUUGUGUGAGAAUACAAGGCUUAGUGACAGUGUACAUAGUUUAAGGGGAAAGGAAAUUACAAAACAAAGAUACAUUUAUUUAUAACCUGUCAUUGAUUUUAGAGGUGACUGUCAUUCAAAUGGAUUUAAUAAAAAAAAAAAAAAAAAAACUUUCUUGUCAGUUCCAUGGCAUUGUUUUGAACUACUGUUGUGGUUCAUUUGUAGUUCACACAAAUUGCCAGCAGAUGUCUUAGGAGGAAUGCAGCACACAUGGUGUAACAUUUCUAAGUAGCACUGGUGAGCUGUGUUUGGAUACAUGAGUAACCAUGUGUUAUUUCUGGGAAAUAGUAUAAGUACGGUAGAAUGAUUGAAAGCAGCAGCCAGCAAGUGCAGAAACAUAGAUUUGAGUCCUGUCUAUUAUGUCCUCUGACCCUGAACAAGACACAGGCUGUAGUCUUUCUGGGCCUAGCUGAUUUUCAUAAAAAUAAAAUAAAUUAAAGGUUGCCAUUUCAGGAAAUGGGAAAGAAGAAACUUGGUAGAGCAUUAUUUAUUGAGACCACUCUAGACGGCAGCCUUUGUUUUUUGGUUCCCCUGUUCAUCAUCCCUUCAUUAUUAGUGUACAUUUCCGACCCCCACAUUUUCUGCCAAAUUUAGAUAGUAGCACUUCUCUUCACAACCUAUAGUCUACUGUUGGGCACAGGAGAUAAGGAAAUGUGUGGAGAAAUAGAAGCAACUCAGAAGCUGUGAUCUGAAAUAGAACAUUGGGUCAUUUGAGGUUACCCAAAUGCACUGGCUUCCUAUUAAAAUGUUGGCACUCUAAAUGAUGAGUGUACACACUCUGAAAAAAAAAUGUAGGAAAAUAGCAAAUUUUGGACAUCGCUCUUUUCCUUUAAAAUUCUUUUUCAAGGGGGCAAGUCCCCCUGCAACACUGAUGUGGGGGGGGGGUUAAGUCUUCCACACCCCCAGACUUAUAUAUACUAACUUCAAGAUUGUUGUACCUCAGAGUAAAGGGAAUAUCCUAAGAAACAGCCAUCUGAGACUUAGUAUAUAUAAUAAAAAGACAAUUUAUAAAAGCAAAAUAACACAAUAAUAAUAGAUGUUACAAAGAGACCAGAAAAAGUAGCAUGGAUAUUAUCUGUUCUUCACACUGAAUGUCAUUUAUGUAAACAAGUGAAAUAAAAUUAAUCACUGUGAUCGCCAAUCUUCGACUGUAAUGUUUAAAUUAAUGAAAAAGUAUAUAAAUUACUAAAUAAUUGCACUGUUAAGUUAAACUGUAAGCACCUUUUUAACUAUCUAACCUUGUGACUACGCUGACUCUGUUCUGCUCUCUAUGCCAGCCUUAUUAUUUCCUGUAAAUAAGAGCACUGAGCCAUUUUAGUUAGAUUGUAUUUGCUCUUUACAGGUGUACCCUCAGCAUUCACUACUGAACAUGCCUUAUUGUUAUACUAUUCUAGUAAGACUGUUGCUUAUAUGACAGUCUGCUACAGUGUAUGCAAGCGGUAGAAGGUAGCUAAAAUGUCUGACUUGUCCAAGGUGGGGUGGGGCAAAAACAGCAGUGAGGUGUGGUUAUCAAAGUACAGAGUCACGCUGUUUCUAAUGUUUGUAGAUUUUAGCUGUAAAUUAUUUGAUGUUAGAAAGGAGAACAAGGAAAUAUUGUCAUUUAUUUUUAAUUAUUUGAACUGAAAAGAAAAGUUUUAUUUCUUUAUCUGUAAAAUACUUGAUUAGAUAGGAAGUGGGCGGGUACCAUUUUUAGCCAAUCCUGGAGCUGCUCAGUUACUGCCUUUAUCAGAUUUUGAAUGUUUCACUUGUUUAUUUUUCCGCAUUUUCCCUAAAAGUCUGAAUUGGGAAAAUCUUUAAGAUACCUCAAAAUAAAAUACAGCAUUUGAACAAAGGCUAUCAUUGCAAAAGAAUGUAUGAAUUAUCCUGAAAAACGUCAACUCUGAUGCUUCCAUUUGUAUACGUCACUUACUGUGCCUAAAUGUCUGAAUUAGAAUGUUUCAAAAAAAAUCAUACCAGUUUCUCCAAAGUAACGAUCACAAAAAUGUGUGUAACUUUAAAAAAAGGCGUUUUAUUUGUUAGAAAUUAAUGAGCCAUUCUGAUGACAGUUAUUAAACUUGAGUUAUUUUCAGAGUUA